AUGAAUGGUCUAUUCAUCCAAACUCACAAUUCUUUACCACAUAACAAUAAUAAUGUUUACCAACAACAACAAGGUAAUGGUACAUACUAUUCUGGAUUAGAUGAUAACAACCUAUUCUCUCUUUUUGGUCAACCAGACAAGGAUGGUAAUUUAAUGAUCCCUAUUCAUCCAGAUUAUAAUAAUUCACCAAUGCAAGGUGUAACUUUUUCACAACAUCAACAACAUCAACAACAACAAAAUAAUCAACACAAUAAUAAUAAUCAUCAUCAUCAACAACAACAUCAACAACCCCCAACUCAACAACAACAAAUGUUUUAUACCAAUGUAAAGAUUGAAGAUUCCCAAAAUUCAUUCUCAAAUGGUUUGGUUCCAGAUUCAAUGAAUCAUCAAAUGAAACAUUAUUUUGUUCCAGAUACAGUUUUUGAAUUACCAAUUGGCGCACAAAAUCAAUUGAAUAUUACUAAAGCUAGUAUUCCAAUUCCAAAAACACCACAACAACUUUCACAACAACAACAACAAAUCAACCAAAACAAUAAUAACCAACAAAAGAAAAAAGAUGAAGAAAAGAUUAAAAAGAGAAAGUUUAUCACCACUACACCUGUAAAGAAUGAACAUGGAACUACAUUGGUUCCAACCACUGAUAAUGGAGGAGUUAAUGCUGAAGAAGAAAAGAAUUUAAAAAGACAAAGAAGAUUGGUAAAAAAUAGAGAGGCAGCACAAUUAUUUAGACAAAGACAAAAGGCAUAUAUACAAGAUUUGGAGAAAAAGGUUAGCGAUUUAACCUCCAACAAUAGUGAGAUUAGAGCAAGGGCAGAAUUAUUAAACUCUGAAAACAAAUUAAUCAGAGAACAAUUGAUGUAUCUUCGUAACUUUGUAACCCAAGCAGUAUCGUUCUCAUUCCCAAAGAGUGGAAGUGGAUCCCCAACUUCAGUCGGUAGUCCAGUCUCACCAGGUUCAAUGCCAAACGCACCCACCCUUCCUCCAGGCAUCCUGCCUCCAAGUAUGAUGAACCUCCAAAACCCUGUAAUUAUGUCUGCCAUUGCCGAAGCCUCCAAAAGCGAAACCUUUAGAAACAACAUAUCCUCAAUGAUCUCCUCCAUUCCAUCACCCUCAAUCAUGCAAAGUCCAAUCCCAACCUCAUCCAAUUCUCAACAAGUACCAUUUCUAAAUAAUAAUAAUAAUAAUAAUAAUAUCCAACAACAACAACAACAACAGAGUAAUAAUAUCAAUUCAAAUAAUUCACCUCCUUCAUCAGCUUUAAUGAAUACCUCGAUUAAUAGUAACAAUAAUAAUAAUAAUAAUAAUAAUCAAAAAAAGAAUAAAUAA